CACUGCUCAUUUCUGGUCGUGGCCUAUCGUCUCUUUCCUUGUGUAAAGCCAUUGAAUAUCCAUCUGCAGAAGUUACUAUGUUCUAAAGAUCUGCCCCCCAAAUUUCCAUUUUUUUAACCAUAAUCUUGCAAAAGUUUCAAACUUUUUUCUUUUCUUGUGAUUCUUGAUUAAUACCCAUCUGGAAUUUUUGCAUUUUUUAUCAUAAACCCUUCAUUACUUUAUCCCCUCAAAUCAAUUUUUUUUGGCCCUAAAAUUGAAAAAUGCUUUCUGGGUGAUGAAUCUUUAGUGCCUUUUCAGUGUUUUGAAGCAUAAUUCUUUAAAAAAUUCACUGAAAAAGUAGUGGGGUUUUGAUUCUUGAUUAUUAUCCAUAUGGGGUUUUGUAUUUUGAUAAAAAAAAAAUGUUCUUGAUUUUGAAUCUUGUUUGUCCCCAAAUUUGAAAUAUGCUUUCUGGGUGGUGAAUAUUUAGUGCCUUUUACAGUGUUUGCAGCAUAAUUCCAUGAAAAUUCACUGAAAAAAGUAGUGGGGUUUCAUCAUAAUUAAAGAAAAGGAGAAAAAGAUUGGAUUUUUUUAUCAUUUCUUUCUUGUGUGUGUGAAGCUUGAAACAAAGCAAAAAAAAAAAAAAAUGAAAAAAAUGGUGAAUUUUCACCAUUUUUGGUGGUGGUUCUUGAUUUUGACACUUGGGUUUCUUGAUUUUCAUCUCAUCAAUGGAGAUAAUGAUGAUCUUUUCACUUUACUAGCCAUUAGCAAAGAGCUUAAGUUGGAUGAUUGGAAUCAAGAUGGGCUCAAGAACAACAACUCAAAUUAUUGUUCAUGGCCUCACAUUACUUGCAACUCCAAUAACUUUGUUGAAAAGAUUGUUCUUUCUCAUCAAAGUUUACAAGGUAAUCUCACUUUAUUAUCUACAAUAAAGUCAUUAAAAUGGCUAGAUUUGUCAUUCAACACCUUUCAUGGAUUAAUCCCACAAUCUUUUGGUACCUUGUUUGAUCUUGAGUUUCUUGAUUUAUCUUACAACAAGUUUGAUGGGUCAAUCCCAAUUGAGUUUAGUAACCUCAAAAAUCUCAAAUUUUUAAACCUUUCAAACAAUCUACUCAUGGGAUCAAUACCUAGUGAGCUUGAAGGGCUUGUAAAGCUACAAGAUUUCCAAAUUUACGCCAAUAGUUUGAGCGGAAGUAUACCGGAUUGGGUCGGGAAUUUGACCAAUCUUCGAGUCUUUACGGCGUAUGAGAACGAAUUAAGUGGUAAGAUGCCCGAAACGUUAGGGGCUUUUUCGGAGUUGCAAUUGUUAAACCUGCAUUCUAACUAUCUUGAAGGAUCAAUCCCACAGAAUGUGUUUGCUAAUGGGAAACUAGAGGUUUUGGUCUUGACUCAGAACAAACUCACUGGGUCAUUUCCUGACUCGGUAGGAAAGUGUAAGCGUCUUUCGAGUAUUAGAAUUGGGAAUAACGGUUUGAUCGGGAAUAUUCCUAGAGAAAUCGGUAAUCUCAGUAGUCUCGCUUAUUUCGAAGCGGAUAACAACAAUCUUUCGGGUGAGAUUGUUCAAGAGUUUGCUCAAUGUUCGAAUUUAACGCUUUUGAAUUUGGCUUCUAAUGGAUUUAGUGGGAUUAUACCUCCGGUUUUUGGCGAAAUGAUUAAUCUACAAGAGUUAAUCGUGUCGGGAAACAGUCUUUUUGGAGAGAUUCCAACUUCUGUUCUUAGUAACAAGAAUCUUAACAAGAUUGAUUUGAGUAACAAUAGAUUUAACGGAAGUAUACCUCGAAGCGUUUGUAAUUCUUCAAGAUUACAAUACUUGUUGUUGGGGCAGAAUUCGUUAACGGGGGAGAUCCCGAAUGAGAUCGGGAAUUGCGUAAAGCUGCUCGAGUUGCAGCUCGGUGGUAACUAUCUCACCGGCACGAUUCCGCCUGAAAUCGGUAGAAUCAAGAACUUGCAGAUCGCUUUGAAUUUGAGCUUUAAUCAUCUUCAUGGACGAUUACCUCCGGAUUUAGGAAAGCUAGAUAAGCUCGUUUCGUUAGAUCUUUCAAAUAAUCAACUCACAGGCGAUAUUCCUUUGGCGUUAAAGGGAAUGUUAAGUUUAAUCGAUGUUAACUUUGCGAAUAAUCAUCUUACGGGUCCGAUACCAGCAUUUGCACCGUUUCAAAAGAGUCCAAAUUCGAGCUUUUCGAAGAAUGAAGGUCUUUGCGGGUACCCGUUGAAUACCUUUUGCGAAAAUUCAAACGGGAUUCAAUCAUUUCAUCACAAGGUUUCGUACAAGACCGUGUUGGUGGUUAUCGGGUCGUGUUUGUUGGUGUUUACAUCGGUUACCAUUGUCGUCGUUCUUUUCAUGAUGCGAGAAAAGCAAGAACAAAUGGCGAAAACGGUCGGAAAACAAGAUGAAGAAGUCAUUGACGAUGAUAAACCGUUGGUAAUUCUUGGAAACGUGUUCGUUGAGAAUCUUAAACAAGCGAUUGACUUUAACGCUGUGGUCAAAGCGACGUUAAAAGACUCGAAUAAAAUCAGUAGCGGGACGUUUAGUACAAUCUACAAAGCGGAAAUGCCUUCGGGUUUGACUUUAUCAGUCAAACGCCUUAAAUCCGUUGACAAAACGAUACUUCAUCACCAAAACAAGAUGAUUCGAGAACUCGAGAGACUUAGUCAUCUAUGCCAUGAUAAUUUGAUUAGACCAAUCGGGUUUGCUAUCUAUGAUGACGUGGCGCUUUUACUGCACCAGUUUUUGCCAAACGGGUCGUUGGCCCGGUUUCUUCACGAGUCUAGUAAAGAACAUGGUUACAAGCCCGAUUGGCCCGUUAGGCUUUCUAUAGCUAUUGGUGUUGCAGAAGGGUUGGCUUAUUUGCAUCAGUUGGCUAUUAUUCAUCUUGAUAUUUCUUCUGGAAAUAUUUUUCUUGAUUCCGAUUUUAAGCCGUUGGUUGGUGAAAUCGAAAUCUCAAAGCUUUUGGAUCCUUCACGCGGUACCGCUAGUAUCAGUGCUGUUGCUGGCUCAUUUGGUUACAUUCCCCCAGAGUAUGCAUACACAAUGCAAGUAACGGCUCCAGGAAACGUGUACAGUUUUGGCGUCGUUUUACUUGAAAUACUGACGACACGGGCCCCAGUAGACGAAGAAUUCGGGGAAGGUGUAGAUUUGGUGAAGUGGGUUCAGGGUGCACCCACAAGAGGUGAAACACCAGAGCAAAUACUUGAUGCAAAACUGAGUACGGUGUCGUUUUCGUGGAGAAAAGAAAUGCUUUCAGCUUUGAAAGUGGCACUACUCUGCACUGAGACUACACCAGCCAAGAGACCAAAGAUGAAAAAAGUGGUGGAAAUGCUUCAAGAAAUUAUAGAAAAUAAGUGAAAACUUAAAAAAAAAAAAAUUGAUGGGAACUACUUUGGGUUUUUGUAUGAUUUGAAGAUUUGUAUGUAUACAAAGCCCUCAAUGUAUUAUGGAUUAAGUUUUUGUAUCCCCACUUGUGGAGAUUAAUGUAAAAUUAUUUCUUUUA